UGGACGCUGUGGAAAAGGCGAAUGAGGAGAGACAGCGUCGAUGGGUGAAAGACAGGAAGGUUGGAGAGGGAGCGUAUGCUGUUGUAUAUCAAGGGAGAGAAGCGUCAUCGGGAAGAAAGGUCGCCAUCAAGAAGAUUAAAGUUGGGCAGUUCAAGGAUGGAUUAGACAUGUCGGCCAUCCGUGAGGUCAAAUACCUUCGAGAGUUGAAGCACCAGAAUGUCAUCGAGGUGCUCGACGUGUUUUCAUCAAAGACAAACCUCAACCUCGUCCUAGAGUUCCUCGACUCCGACCUAGAAAUGAUCAUCAAAGACAGGACCCUUGUUUUUCUGCCUGCAGACAUCAAAAGCUGGAUGGCCAUGACCUUCCGUGGUCUCGAGUUCUGCCAUCGCAACUUUAUCCUCCACCGAGAUCUCAAACCUAACAACUUGCUCAUCGCAUCGGACGGCCAGCUCAAAAUUGCAGAUUUCGGUCUCGCGAGAGACUUCGCAGAUCCUGGAUACAAAAUGACAUGUCAAGUCAUCACACGGUGGUACCGUCCUCCAGAACUCCUCUUCGGCAGUCGGUACUACAGCUCGGCGGUUGACAUCUGGUCUGUCGGUUGUAUCUUCGCCGAACUCAUGCUUCGGAUUCCAUACCUUCCCGGGGAGAGCGAUAUGGACCAGCUUAAGACGAUAUUCCGGGCACUUGGAACGCCAACCGAGGAGGAGUGGCCGGGCCACACCAAGUUACCCGACUAUGUUCCUGUUGGACAAUUCCCGAAACCGCCUCUACGCGACCUCUUCACUGCUGCGAGUGCAGAUACGCUGAACCUGCUGAACAAAUGCCUUAUCUACGAACCUCGAAAUCGGAUAACUGCACGAGACGCUCUCAAUCACCCUUAUUUCUUCGCAAUCCCUUAUCCAACAUUCCCCUCGAAGCUACCAAAAUGCGCCGCGCAACUUUCCGCUCGACCUCUCGAAGAAGUCGACGGAAACGUGGAUAUGAAUUCGUCUGGUCCCGGAGUAAAGGCCCGCAGCAGCACACUGAAACGCAAAUUCACAUCACCAGAUAGCGAGGGCAAACGCUCUAUCGCACGGCGGUUGGACUUCACGAAGCAUGGACCUGGGUCUUAGA